AUGGCACCUGCUGCAGCUCAGGGAACGUUAGAGGACUCAGCUGAAGAACUCUCCUUUGGGUACUAUGCCAGGAGUUGCCCUAACAUGGAGGCCAUUGUACACAAGAAGAUGAAAGAUUGGACUGCUCGUGAUUCCACUCUUGGUCCUGCCAUCAUUCGGCUGCACUUUCAUGACUGCAUCGUUAGGGGAUGCGAUGCUUCAAUCCUACUGAAACACGGCAGAAGCGAAAGGAUGGCGAAGGAGAGCGAGACCCUCCGAGGAUUCGAUGUUAUUGAUGACAUAAAGUUGGAGCUGGAGAAGAAGUGCCCAAAAAUUGUUUCUUGUGCUGACAUUCUUACAGCAGCUGCCCGUGAGGCUACCGUUAAGAUUGGAGGGCCAUUCUGGGAAGUUCCGUUUGGGAGGAAAGAUGGCAGGGUUUCUCUUGUUUCAGAAGCUGCAUCUGUGCCGAUGGGACAUGAGAAUGUAACAUAUCUCAUUGAGUUAUUCCAAUCCAAGGGUUUGAGUCUGCUUGAUCUUGUUGUUCUCUCAGGAGCACACACCAUUGGAAGGAGCACUUGUGGCUCAAUCCAGGAUAGAGUGUACAACUUCAAAGGCACCAGAAAACCAGAUCCUUCCAUUGACACACAUUACCUAAACUUCCUAAAGAGGAAAUGCAGAUGGGCAUCAGAAUACGUUGAGCUCGAUGGCACAACACCUACAAAAUUUGAUUCUGUUUACUACAAAAAUUUAGAAAAAAAGAUGGGUUUGCUUUCCACCGAUCAAUUGCUCAAUUCAGAUUCGAGAACUUCACCCAUUGUUUCUGCUCUGGCAGCUCAGCCAAUGCUCUUCUAUCAACAGUUUUCAGUGUCUAUGACUAAUCUGGGGAAUGUUCAAGUUCUUACUGGUGAUGAGGGGGAGAUCAGAACUAAGUGCAGUUCUCUUAACCGCCAUUGA